AUGGAGUCGUUGUACCAUCAAACAUACAGACUGAUUCAAGAAGUUCAGAGUGAUCUAGGAAAAUACGAACGAGCCACAGCAAGUUUGAAAGUGAUUGAAGUGAGAGUUUUUCCACCCAAUAAUCCAGAUGUUCUAUAUGAAAGUAAGGAAGGAGUAUUUGUUCGCCGCAAUGGUGUUUUAACGGGUCCAAUACGGCCAAGUCAUAUACAGGAAUGGAUUAAACAGAAACAUUUUGCUGAUUUGGAUGAAAUGCAUUCUGCUGAACAGUUCCUGAAAGAUGAACUUAAUAAGAAAGAUGAGACAAUAAGACAACAAGGGGACACUAUCAGGGCUCAGAAAAGUGAAAUAGAACGUCAGAGAAAUGUUAUAGAAUCUAAAGGAUGUAAUAUAUUGUAGUACAAGAAGAGCAUUAAGAAUUUAAGUUCGAUACUAUUUAUGUUUAAUAUAUUUUUAAGUAUGACUAUAAAUAUGGAGUAAGUAACGGCCCUUUUUGGACUUUGGAAUAUUACAAGUACAUCAGAACGCUGUACACUCAACUCCUAUUUUGGUUUCCAUCCAACUGAAAUGGAACUUGGUUUACAUCAUCAGCAUCAAGUGGACAUAUACACAUUUUUGGGACUUUCUUGAAUAUCCUUUUUAGUAAUGGUCAGUUUUUUUGGACUUCAUAAUAUUACAACUACAUGAGAAUAUUAUGUACACAACUCCUUCAGCAAUUUCCAUCCUACUGAAAUGAAACUUGGUAUAUAUAUCAUCAUCAUCGUCAUCAUGAAGUGUACAUAUAUUAUGUAUUUUUAUUUUAUUUUCAUGCCUGAUUGUUCUUUUCUGGAGAUAUGGUCCUGUUAUAGACUUUAUUUAUUUUUCUGUCAAUAAUUUUUAGUGAGCAUGUGUAAGUGUUUAUAUCCUUCUGUUGGACCUAUUUUUCUGUUGUUACAUUCAUUAGAUUUGAACCAUAUACACUUAGUUUUCUAAUUCUGUUUAAUGUCUUUUGAUAUGAGAGUUGUUUUUAAAUUUAAUAAAAUACAUGCUUUAAAAAAUUUGAUGUACCAUGUUCAGGUGAUAUAGAAAUGUGACACAGCAGAUAACUUAUGUCAACCUAUGAUAAUUAUAGGAAUUAACUGGAAUCAGUCACUUGAGGCAGGGAUUUAAAAUCAUUCAAAGGGUUGCUAAGAUUUUACGGAUAGUAGGUAGUUGUUGGAGGUAUCUAAAGUAAGUAACCCAAACAUGUUGGUUUAUCCAUUUUUAGCUCAACCAUUGGAAGAAUCAGAGGAGUUGUUGGCAUCUGUAUCCCCAUUGGCUAAGUUUUUGUUUGUAAUCUUGUAUCUCAGUAACAACUUAUGGGACUGGAUUGAAACUUAAGACAGCUCUUGUAUAAAGAAUUUAUGCAACGUGAUGUAUACAAGGCGAAGGCUGAGUGGAAAUCCAGUUAUUUUUGUUUAAUCCAAAAAUCCUUUUUAGAAAUUACAGGCAAUUCAUUUACAGAUAAAAACAACAUAAUUAUUUUCAACAAAAUUUGGUAUCAGUACAUAUUGAUGAUAACACGUAAAUGUUAUGACAUAAACUGAGGUAAAUACAUGUAUAUGAAAAGUUUGUUUUUAAUGGUUCAUGUAUGGGUUAGUUGCUUUAAACAGUACAUGUGAAGUAAGAAUUUGAAUAAUAGCGUUGAUUCCUAAAGUGUUACUUAAGUCCAAGAGUUUAGAAAAAAUCACAUUCAUACAGAUGUACAUUGGACAUAACAUCAAUUAGUAUGUGAAUUUCGAAAUGGGAUAAAAACAUUUCUUAGAUGCAUAUAACCUGAUCUGCAUUCAAUGCUAGUUUUUGUCUUAAGAACAGAAUCUUUAUAAUCUGGUAUCAUUUUUAGUGAGAGUUACAUUACUACAUUAUUAAAUGUGUCAAUUUAUAGUUUUCACAACUUUUGUGCCUUUUUGAGAAAAUAAUGUCUUUGUAAUUAUGUAUAUAGUCCUCAUGUUCUUUAGCGUAUGUCAUCGGUUAAGAUUUGUAGGUCCAUGUUUAGCUGGACUUUUCAAAGAAAAUGUAGAGCUUAUAAUUGCACAUCGCCCUGGGGGUGUGGGUGGGGGUUAAAGUUUUUGAUAAAGUCAAAUAUCUCUUGUUACUAUCAGAGCUUUUGACUUGGCACUUAAAAUGUUAUUGAAUUUUGACAGGGUUAUGCCCCUUUAUAAUUUAGAAAAUUUUAGGUAAAGUUUUUGAUAAAGUCAAAUAUCUCUGUUUCCUGU